UUAAGCUGUGGGACCAGACUUCAUUAAAUUUGUCCAGAGAGAAUAUUUUAAUAUUUAAAGAGAACAUUUAAUGUUUACGUAAGUCCUCUUCUGACGUGAAGUCGCUGUUAAAUCACUUCAGAAGGUAGUUUUUAAAGCCCUUUAUACCAGGCUUUUAUGGAGCCAGGCUGGCAAAUGCCCUUCCCAGCUCUCUUGGAUCAAAUGACGCUCAUGAAAAGAUUCAGUCCAUCAAGGAAGGUUUUCAGGAGUGAGGAAUAGGAAAACAAAAUUUAACAAAACGGCUGUCUUAAGGUCUUACAGCAUCAUUCUGUCUCCCUUGUUGUCAGUGGGAUUGAUGGGAGCAUUUUGCUCUGGAUGUGUGCGGGUCUUAAACCAGUACAGCUGGAGGGCUAAAGCUUGCAGAACAGAGGGAGCCUCUACCAGUACUGAAGGGCUGGGCUUGAAGUCUCUGGAGAUAUUGCUCAAGAACAAAUCUGUUUACAGAAAAUGCUUUGAGAGGAGAAUUGUCAGUCAAGGCACUUCUAUUCUCAGCUCAGAAGCAAGUGGAAGAGUAAAUAUACCUCUAGUUAGCUGGUGGACAAAUUAGAUUGCAGCUGAUCAAAAGCCAAAGGGAUUUCUUGUCAAACGGCCCUCUCCACUGUCACCCUGGUAUCUUCUCUCCUGUGUCAUUCAGACUCUCGCUAUGGUUUCAAAGAAGGUGGUGGCCACUUUGCUCUUUGUGUACGUGGUGUCCAUGCUGGCUGAACAGACUGAAGGCUUUGUGCCCUUUUUCACCCAGAGCGACUUCCGGAAAAUGCAGCUGCAGGAAAAGGAGAGGAACAAAGGUGGGCAGAAGAAAUCCCUGACCUCGCUGCAGCAACUGGAAGAGGAAGGCUUCUCAGAGCAAUCCGAUGCAGAUGUCAACAUGGUCAAGACAAUCCAGCUUCCACUACAGCUAGCUGUUCCCAUCAAGGCUGGGAUGCGGCUCACCCCAAGGCAGCUGGAAAAAUACCAAGAUGUCCUGGAGAAACUGCUAGCAGAGAUGUUACAGGACACCCCAGACGCUGACUGAUAUCUGCAGAAUCAGAGGAGAAAGCGAUGUAGCCUGCUAUAGCUAAAAGACUCCACUUAUGUAAACAAAAUCUGUAAAAGAGAUUAACAACAAAAUCUGAGGUGAGAUAAUAAAAUGUGCAGUAUAA